CUCAAUGCUAAGUUUUCCAUGCCUUUGAUCUUUGCAUGCAAAAUUUCCACUUAGUAUGCUGAACCAAGAUGGUGUAUUAACAUAGAUGGUUCUUCAUUAUAGUCCUAUUUUGACCAUUGUCGACACUAUUUGACAUGAUUUUGUGCCCAAGUUGCUUGUCAAAAUAUGUUGUUUUCUCUUACGGUGAUCUAUAUCAUGCAGGAUAUACGAAAUUUAAAUCUAGUUAAGGCAAAUGGCAGACGCAUAGGCGGGAAUGCACCAAAAUUAGUGCAUAAUGGUGGAUCUGACGUCGUUAUUUCUUGAAUUGAUGGCUACCAUAAUAGCCUUGGUGGCAAAGCCUUUCUCGCUAGUUAAACUAUCUUGCAUAUUUGGCUUGAGAAGCAUUUGCAUUGUUAUUCACACCUGGAUGGAGCUGCUGAAAGCAGCUCUCUCUCUCCAUGUGUGUAUUCUCUUGAGACUUACAAUAUGGACCAUUGCUCUUAUAACUCUGCCUGAACGGAUUUUGACUGCAUUACAGAGGGAGAGGCUGUGCUUAUGAUAUGCAGCUGGAAAUGCAUCUGCAUGAGAUGCAAGCUGAAUUGGAAUAUCUUAUGUGGGAUAGGAAGGAACUUGACGAACGAUUGCAGACGGCAAUUAAAGAACGCAGAAUGAUGGAGGUAAUGUUAGCAGAAUUUGAAGAGGAAUAUGACCAGGCUAUUGUCCAAAUUGAACUAAUGGAGGGUGAGCUGCAAGAUCUGAAGGAUGAAAAUCAUCAGUUGAAGGAGGUUCAGUUUAAGGCAUGUUCAAGCAUCAGAAGUCAAGAUGACACAGGUGACGGCCAAAAAACAGGUGAUGCUGACAAAGAUGGCAUUCCUUCUGGGAUUUCAUCAAGGAGAUCUGGUGAUAAUGGAAGUGAUAUCACCCUUGAAGAAUUUCUGAUACACAAAGAUUCUUGGGAAGAUGAGAUCAAAAGUGAAAUGCCUGAUUUCAUAAAAACAGGAUCAAAAGUUAGCAGGCCAAUCCACACAAUCACACCUGGUAUGAUCUCCAGAAGUGUAGACAUGCAUGAAGUUCUUGUCCGACGAAGGGAGGUUGCACUUUCGCAGAGCCUUUUCAGUGCAAUAUUAUUUCUUUUGGUUGGAAUGAUUAUCUGGGAAGCUGAUGACCCUUGCAUGCCUCUUGUAGUCGGUCUUUUCACUGUGGUUUGCAUGUCAUUAAAGAGUGUGGUCCUGUUCUUCUCCACUAUAAAGAAUGAAUCUGCGUCUGAUGCAGUCGCUCUCUUAAGCUUUAAUUGGUUCAUACUUGGCACACUCACAUAUCCUACACUGCCGAAAGCUGCUCAUAUAUUUUCUCCCCUAGCCUUGUGCUCGUUGGAGCAGACAGUAAGAUGGCUUGGUUUCUCGUCCUAGCAUUUUCUUUUGUAAGUUCCUUAGGUCUUGUGGAUAUCACAAAGUACCAUGUUCAUAGACCUUGGACAAUUUUGUUUCCUUCAGACUCUUUUUCUCUUGAUUCACUGUACGAGCUUUUACAGCAUAAGUUUGGUGUUAUGAUUUUGUCUAUUAGAUUAGUGAGGAUAUAUUUGGAAACCGCUUAUAUCUGAGUCUUUGUUUCUGUCCUAUUGCUAUUUUGGUGGUGUGAAAAAUUGAUUAUUACUAGGAAUGUCAUAGUGAUACAGAUUCCUUGGUG